AUGGAGGUACCUGUGGCCCCGCAACAACGCCAGCUACAACUCAAACCUCUCCACCUCAAACCACCCAAGAUGGCGGACGCCAGGCCUCUCACAUUACCACGAGGCUCCACAGAAUCGACAAUCACGAAACUAGACAUGAUAUUAGAGGAAUUCUGGAGAAAGCUCGAGGAGAGGCAGCGGAGAACAAACUCGCAACGCCGAUCACCUCCGGCAGCCCAGCGGCCUGUGCAGACCACACAGAGGCGAAACGGCUUCGCAUCCAGGAGGAGAACACGACCCGAACGGUCAGCUGCAGGGGGUAAGUUGGCUCACAGAGCCCCCCCCACAGAGACCCCUUUCCAAAAGUGGAUUUAA